CUGUCGAAAUAACCUUAGACCAAUUUUUUAUUUCAUAAAAUUAAAAGAAAAUGCUUUAACAGCUUUAGUAUGGAAUAUCAGUUAAUUAUUGCAAUUUUUAUUAAAAAAGUAAGCAAAUUUCUGACUAAUAUUGUCCUUUGUUCGUUGGAAUAACUUUAGAUAGGAAUCUAGACCAAAACUACUUCAAGUCAUUUUUUUUCACUACUUUUACAGUAUUUUGAAAAGUUGUUUGUUUGUUAUCACAGCGCAAUGAAAAUAAUAUUUUAACGCUCUAGGAGGCAUCUUCUUCGGGAUACAAUCUAUCAAAUUACCUCUCGACAAUCUCUGAUAAUAAUUUCUGAAACGUAUAUAUUUUCGAUAAUAUAACUUUAACAAACUAUUUCUAUCAAUUCAUGUAAUAUCACUAUAAUUACCCUCAUCAGAUAUUCUUUGAAAAUUACUAAGAUUAUUAAUCGAUACGUCUACCCUGACCAUAAUCCAAGCAUAAUAAUGCCUAGUCUUUAAAAGCCAGGUUAACGGAAGAGAAAUGAAUUUCCAACAUCAGAAUGAAAUGAAAGGUAAAACUAAUUCUAAUUAAUUAAAUUUACUAAUUUUACACCAAUAUUUUCAGAUGAUCCUCUAAAACUGCUAUAUGUAGCAGGAUAUAAGAUUUUUCAGAACGAAUUCGUUCAAUCCACAUUAAAAAUUUUAAUUUUCAUCAUUCCUCUAAUUUUGCUCAUCCAGAUAGGCUUUUGCAUCUCGUCACCAAUUUCUCUUAAAUUAAUUCAAUACGGACUAAUUUUCGCGCAAAUGUCUUUUGUAACAAUAUUCGUGUAGAGCUUUCAGAGUAGUACACGUUUUUUCUAGGUCGUCUUUGCUUCGUUCGUUCAUAUAUACAAAAGUAACGGAAUUGAAGACGCCUUGAGUAACUUUCCACUUUGGGACUUCGACACAGCUGGUGAAAAAAUCAAAAACAAAAUCAAAAACGAAACGAAAAUGAUCAAAACUUUUGUAAUCGUGGUGUUGUUAACAGGUUUGCUAUGGGGCAAUCUAGUUAUAUAUUCUUCGUUGGGCGUUGUUCAGUCCAGAAAUUUUCUUCUAGAUACAUGUGACUACAUUUUCUCCGUUUUAAGAUUAACAUCUCACGUGGCUUUUUUGACUAUAAUGGCCCACCCAUUUCAAGUCCUUUAUGUAAGUCAACAUUUGAAAUUUCAGAUGUAUUUGUUCAACAAGUACAUUGAGGACGUUUGUUUUAUGGAUGGAAAAGAAAACGAAGAAGAGAAUUUAGUGGAUGAUCAAGAAUACCAAGAAGAAAUUAAACUUAGACUGCGGCUAGUGGUCAGAAGACACUGUGAAUUUAAAAGAUCACGAAUUCAGUGUCUCGAAACUAUGGGCAACCUUAUAAUACCGUUUAGUGUGUGCGUUGGUGUUCUUUUAUUUAUGAGCAUGUAUACUUUUUUACGCUUAGAAGGGUCAGAGACCAUCGUUAUAUGCUACAACGCAAUCGCUACUUUUAUGACUAUCUCUGGAUUCGUUAUUAUGAUCACAGCAUGCGAAACUUUACAAGACGAAUCUGAGAACACAUUCACAACUCUCGUGAUGACAAAAUGGUAUGAUUUUAACAACGAAAAUCGAAAAAUGUUUCUGUUGCUGUUGUGUAACAAUAUCAAACCCAUAAGCAUUGACUUUACGGGAGAAAUUACUGUAAACUAUCGUUUAGGAAUGGCUAUUAGCAAAGCGGUAUACACAGCAGUUUCAAUUUUUUUUAAGUACGUAUAACAAUGAGUUUUUUUGGUUUUUGCUAAGACGUGCCAGAUAAUGUUUCAGUCAAUGUGUCACAUGUUUAAUAGUAUGUAAGGUACACAUAUUUCCAUUAAGCUUCAAUAUUUUUUCAAAAAUUUAUUUUCAUACUUUGUCGAAAAUUCACACUAGAGCAACAGAUAAGUAGAGAUUUAAUUGUUGCAUUGUUAUUGUUAUUAUGUUGAUUCCAUGAUAAGACUUUUACUUGUAUAUUAACUUGUAAUAGUGGUCUAGGGAAACCUAAACCAUCUAGAUGGACGAACUAGGGGAAACCACACUUCUGAAUUUUUUUUGGGACCAUAAUGGGCUGUCACUUUUACUUUUAGUGAAAUCAUUUACUAUGUAAGUAGUAACAGGUAACCAUAUUAUUAGUUCAAGUCACCAAUUACUACUAAAUUAGAAUUAAAUGCUUUAAC